AUGUUCCGACAUAUACAUAGACGGGCCCGUCCGCACCUGGUCUCGUCUCGUGUGAACGCUCCCAUCUCAACCUCCUCGUCUCUUCCAGCUCCCAUUCCUUCUGCUGUGAACCAAGCUUCUGAGCUUUUUCUGUCGCCAACUACCACCGACGAGAUGACUGCUUCUCACUCACACCCUACUCUUCCCUCCCUGUCGAGCACCCAGCUCCGUGCAGCUCACCAUGUUCCACAGCCUGGUUAUGGAGGUCAAUCAGAAGGAACAUUCGAUACUGCCAACCCUCCUUAUAUCCGCAAAUAUCUCCGUACCUACGGCCUCACUCCUCCUCGCGCCGAAUCUUACGAAACACAAAAAGCUAGAUGUCUGGCACAGCUUGCUUUGAAACAGACUCCUAUUGAAAAGUACCUAUAUUUGAGCACCAUCCGCAAAAAUAAUGUUCACCUCUUCUACCGUCUCGUGACGGAUCAUAUUCGCGAAUUGACUCCUCUAAUUUAUACACCCGUUGUUGGCGAAGCUUGCCAACGAUGGUCAGAAAUCUAUCAACAACCAGAGGGCAUGUACCUCAGCUACGAAGACAAAGGCAACCUUGCUGCCGUCAUUGCCAACUGGCCACAGCCCAAUGUUGAAAUUACUGUGAUAACCGAUGGCUCCCGUAUCCUCGGUCUAGGCGACCUCGGAAUUAAUGGUAUGGGUAUCCCCAUUGGAAAACUUUCUCUAUACACUGCUUGUGCCGGUAUUCGUCCCGAGGCCACCCUUCCCUUGACCCUCGACUUGGGCACAAGCAACAAGGCCUUCCGAGAAGACCCUCUCUACAUGGGUAGCCGUCGGGACAAGGUCUCUCCGGAAGAAGAGCAAGAGUUCCUUGACGAGCUCAUGGCUGCUUUGACCGAGCGUUGGCCUGGUAUUGUCAUUCAAUUUGAAGACUUCAAGAACCCCUUCCCUGCCCUCCAGCGAUACCGUCAUACAUACACCAGCUUCAAUGAUGACAUCCAGGGUACUGGUGCCGUCAUCUUAGGAGGUGUCAUGAACGCCGUCAAGCGUUCUGGUGUCCACCCUAAGGACCAGCGUGCUGUCUUCCUUGGUGCUGGAAGUGCUGGUGUGGGUGUCGCCAAACAAAUUGUCGACUACUUUGUGCGCGAAGGCUUGACCGAAGAUGAAGCCAAGGCUUGCUUCUACCUAGUCGAUUCCAGAGGUCUCGUCACUGCUGAUCGCGGUGACAGACUCGCAGACCACAAGAUCUACUUUGCCCGCAAGGACAAUAACGGCCAGCAAUGGAAGACUCUUGACGAAGUCAUUGACCACGUCAAGCCCACCAUGCUCAUUGGUCUUUCAACUAUUGGAGGUGUCUUCACCCCCGAGAUUCUGAAGAAGAUGGCCGCAUGGAAUGAACAGCCUAUUAUCUUCCCUCUGUCCAACCCCUCUUCCAAGUCCGAAUGUGACCUUGAAGCCGCUAUCGUUAACACUGAUGGCCGUGCCCUUUUCGCUUCUGGCUCGCCCUUCCUACCAGUUACCUUCACCAACUCCGCUGGCGAAACCAAAAUCUACUACGGUGGCCAGGGCAACAACAUGUACGUCUUCCCUGGUAUUGGUCUUGGAACGAUUCUCUCCAAAGCCGUCGAAGUCACCGACAGCAUGGUCUACGCUUCCGGCGAAGCACUUACCAAGUGCAUGCUCCCCGAAGAAAUCGAACAGGGAUUCUUGUACCCGGACAUCACACGUAUCCGUGAAGUCAGCGUCGUCGUUGCGCGCGAAGUCAUCCGCGCCGCCCAGGAAGCCAAGGUGGAUCGCGAAACCGCCAUUCGCGAAUUGAACGACAACGAUCUAGACGCCUACAUCCGUGUACGCAUGUACAACGCGCAUUCCGAAGUGGCCUCUCUCGAACGCGAAGUCGGCGCUCUUUUAUCGUCUAUUGGCCGUCCCUUUUCGAAUUCGAAUGGCUACUUUGGUAACGCGGAUGCAAGUGACGAUAAGAACGCCAAGCUAUAA